CGAAAAUCCACUCAAAAGGAACGGUCUAGACGUAUUCAGUCACAUCAGAGAUAUAAGUAAAGGAUUUAUCAUCGUUACAUAAGCUUAGUAUGAAAAAUGCUAAACUCUGAAAAGUUUCAUGACUCGGAUACAGACAAUGAUCCUGUACAAGACAUAGUUGUUGCUUUUAAUUCACGACAUUUAACAGAAGAAAUCGAGGGACAAGUAUUGUAUCAGGAAAAGUACCAUAAAGAAAAGAUCAAAACUUUAACAGUUGCUCUGGUGAUUUGCUUAAAUAUUGAUAUUGACCCUCCGGAUGUACAAAAAAUCCCACCUUUCUCAAGAGUCGAAGCAUGGGUUGAUCCAACAGAUGCUAAUAGCCUACACGCUCUGGGGACUAUUGGUAAAAAUCUCCAGGUAACCGUCAAGUUCUUUCCAACAAGUUUUACUAUUAUUCUACGACCUUAG